AUGCUGUCCUCGCAAGCUGUGCUGUCCUCGCAAGCUGUGCUGUCCUCGCAAGCCGUGCUGUCCUCGCAAGCUGUGCUGUCCACGCAACCUGUGCUGUCCACGCAAGCAGUGCUGUCCCCACAACCUGUGUUGUCCUCGCAAGCUGUGCUGUCCUCGCAAGCUGUGCUGUCGUCGCAAGCUGUUGUGCUGUCCUCUCAAGUUGAGCUGUCCUCUCAAGUUGAGCUGUCCUCUCAAGUUGAGCUGUCCUCUCAAGUUGAGCUGUCCUCUCUAGUUGAGCUGUCCAUUCAAGUUGAGCUGACCUCUCAAGUUGAGCUGUCCUCUCUAGUUGAGCUGUCCUGUCAAGUUGAGCUGUCCUCUCAAGUUGAGCUGUCCUAUCAUGUUGAGCUGUCCUCUCAAGUUGAGCUGUCCUCGCAAGCUGUGCUGUCCUCGCAAGCUGUGCUGUUCCCGCAAGCCGUGCUGUCCUCUCAAGUUGAGCUGCCCUCUCUAGUAGAGCUGUCCUCUCAACUUGAGCUGUCCUUUGAAGUUGAGCUGUCCUCUGAAGUUGAGCUGUCCUCUCUAGAUGAGCUGUCCUCUCUAGAUGAGCUGUCCUCUCAAGUUGAGCUGUCCUCUCAAGUUGAGCUGUCCUCUCAAGUUGAGCUGUCCUCUCAAGUUGAGCUGUCCUCUCAAGUUGAGCUGUCCUCUCAAGUUGAGCUGUCCUCUCCAGUUGAGCUGUCCUCUCAAGUUGAGCUGUCCUCGCAAGCCGUGCUGUCCUCGCAAGCCGUGCUGUCCUCGCAAGCUGUGCUGUCCUUGCAAGCUGUGCUGUCCUCGCAAGCUGUGCUGUCCUCGCAAGCUGUGCUGUCUUCGCAAGCUGUGCUCUCCUCGCAAGCUGUGCUGUCCUCGCAACCUGUGCUGUCCUCGCAAGCCGUGCUGUCCUCGCAAGCCGUGCUGUCCUCGCAAGCCGUGCUGUCCUCGCAAGCCGUGCUGUCCUCGCAAGCCGUGCUGUCGUCGGAAGCCGUGCUGUCCACGCAAGCCGUGCUGUCCUCACAAGCCGUACUGUCAUCGCAAGCUUUGCUGUCCUCGCAAGUUGUGCUGUCCUCGCAAGUUGUGCUGUCCUUUAAAGUUGAGCUGUCCUCUUCAGUUGGACUGUCCUCUCAAGUUGAGCUGUCCUCUCAAGUUGAGCUGUCCUCUCAAGUUGAGUUGUUCUCUCAUAUUGAGCUGUCCUCGCAAGCUGUGCUGUCCUCGCAAGCUUUGCUGUCCUCGAAAGUUGUGCUUCCCUCUCAAGUAGUGGUGUCCUCUCAAGUUGAGCAGUCCUGUUAA